CUCGUCGCGUCCGUUUCCUGACACCAUCGUCCCAUCUCCUCCCCCUUUAAUUAGACUCGGCAAAACAAAAGGAAAGAAAUGAAGAGGACAAAAAAGAAACCCCCACCCCCGCCUCCGGAUCCCAACCCCAAUAAAGCUACCGCUAGAGACCGGUGAGGGACAAAGAAGGAAAGAACGAAGCUAAAGAACGAAGGAAAAAUAAAUAAAUAAAAAGAAACCCAACCAUUUCAUCUUCUCCUUGGCCUCUUCUUCCCCUCCUCUGCUCUUCUUGGUUUCAGUUAUAUAGAGAGGGAGAGAGAAAUUGGGAGUGGAGAAUGGAGGAGGAGAGGGUGAGAAUAGAAGACUACGCCCAUAGCCCCGCUCACUAUGCGGUGGCGCUCGGCGACAUGACACGCCUGACCCGCCUCCUCUCCGCCCUCCCCCGACUCGCCCACCCGUCGCAGGUACUGACCGAGUCGGAGUCGGUGAUUCAGGAACGCAUCGCCGACAAGAUCGCCGCUGUCGUCGACCGCCGCGACGUACCCCGCCGGGACACCCCCCUGCACCUCGCCGUCCGCCUCGACCGCCCCGCCGCCGUCUCCGCGCUCGCCGGCGCGGGCGCCGACCCCUCCCUCCAGAACGCCUCCGGGUGGACCCCCCUCCAGGAGGCCCUCUGCCUCCGCCGUCGCCGCCUCGCCCUCCUCCUCCUCCGCCACCACCGCCUCUCCGCCUGGUCCAAGUUCCGUCGCCGCCUCCCCCCACUCCUCGCGGCCCUCCGCCGCAUCCCGGACUUCUACCUCGAGCUCGCCUUCCACUUCGAGAGCUCCCUCCUCCCCUUCCUCUCCCGCGCCGCCCCCUCCGACACCUACCGCAUCUGGAAGCGCGGCGUCGACCUCCGUGCCGACACCUCCCUCGCCGGCUUCGACGGCCUCCGCGUCCGACGUGCCGACCAGUCCUUCCUCUUCCUCGGCUCCGGCGGCGGCGGAGGCGCCGCCUCUUCCCGCCUCCCGCCGGGGUCCCUCCUUGUCCUCGACCGCGCCCGGAAGGAGAUCCACGACGCGUUCGAGGGCGCCGACUCGCCGACGUCGGGGCCGGACGAGUCGGACAUCGUCGCUGACGCGAGCGCCUACCGGCCAGGGCUUGACAUCACGGCGGCAGAGCUGGUGGGGCGGACUAACUGGCGGCGGAGAGAGAAGAUAGAGAUGGUGGGGGAGUGGAAGGCCCGAGUAUACGAGAUCCACAACGUAGUGUUCAGCUUCAAGACGAUGAGGGCCGUCGAGGAGGCCGAGGAAGAGUUCCUCCCCCUCGAGCUUCGCGAGGAUGACGAGGAGGGGUUUCUCGUCGCCGAGAUUCCUGAUCUACCCCCGCGCCAUAGUUGCUAUGAGCGGGGGCGUUUCGGGAAUAGGGCCCCGGAAGGAAUGGAGUUGGGCAGAAGGAGAAGUGUGGAUGUGCCGCAUGGGGGUGGGGUGGCGAUGGCAGCGAGGGUGGGGAAGAGCAAAGAGAAGGAGAUGGUGAAGAGCUUGAGGCCGACGGUUUGGCUCACGGAGGAUUUCCCGUUGACGAUCGAGGAGCUGCUGCCGCUGCUUGACAUACUUGCCAACAAGGUGAAGGCCGUGAGGAGGCUCCGGGACCUGCUCACAACCAAGUUCCCGCCGGGAACUUUUCCGGUCAAGGUCGCCAUCCCUAUUGUUCCUACUGUACGAGUCGUGGUUACUUUUACCAAGUUCAUUGAUCUUCAGCCACUCGAGCAGUUCUUCACCCCACUCUCAAGCCCAAGGCUCUUCCCUGUCCCUGAAGAAGAAGAGCAUCACAAAGCAGAGAAACACAAGAGUUCUUGGCUGAAGUGGAGCAACACUACAGCCAAAACCUCUGUCACCCGACCAAAAUCUGUUAGUGCAUCUCAAGUGGUGGACCAUGUUGACCCUUUUACCAUCCCAAGUGAUUACACUUGGGUUGACAUAAAUUCCAAGAAUCGGCGGCUGAAGAAAACCAAGUCUAGAAAGGGGAACCAGAAAGAGACGAGGCAAGUGGCUUAAUAUGCUAUGCCGCAGAACCGAGAGCUGGCAGUGCAAUGCAUGAGAGAUGUAAUUAGCUCACCUUUGUCAAAUCUCUCUUACUAAUGCUAACUGAAAAAUGCUUUGAAAGUCAUAACAGUUGGACAUUGGAUAAUGGAUUAGUAUGUUUAUAGUAUCUAAUGCAUAGAUUUUAUACCUAGCACGGCUUGGGAAAUCUUAUAAAUUGUCUCAAGGUUGCGUUUGUCUGAGGCUUGAUAUGUAAAACGAAAACCUGAUUGGGAUAACAGUUUUACUAUAAUGUAAAAUCUGGAGGGUAUCAUCCAGCUGUUGUUGAGGUAAUGAAGUACACUCAGUUUGAUGUGCCUUGGAA